UGUGACUCCAGUCCAUGUCUCAAUGGAGGAACCUGUUUUGAAAACGAAAGCGAAGAGUACAUCUGUAAAUGUAGUAGUGGAUGGGGAGGAAACAAUUGCGAAAAAAGGACAGGUAGCCACUAUUAUUAAUAUUAUUAAUUAUAUAUUUGUGGCUUGAAAGAAAUCCAGAGAUAUCCACAGGCAUCACCUUAAGGUGCUCAGUUCGAAAUAUCAUGCAUAAGUGGAGAAUUCCAUAUUUUGGAAAGACAAGCAAUAACAAAUGAAUCUGUUGAACUUGUUUGUGCAACGACGAAGAUGACGAAGUUUGUUUGUAAAAUACUUUAUGGUGUUUUAAAAAUAUAUAUGAAGAAAUAAAUGAUAAAACUAAGAAAACGAUGAGCCUUAGGGUAAUAGGGUAAGGGAAUUUUAUAGUUCUGGAGCUUAAAGGUCAAAUGAACCAAAAAAUUGAAAUGUUUUCUUUUGCCGCUUUACCUUCAUCAAACACUAAAAAGAACCGUCCUAAGUGAGAUUUAGGUAAAGAUUUUUCUUCCCAAGCCUUUAUAGAAAGAUAAAAGAUCAAAAUCCGAGCAUUUCCGAAGACUUCACGAAAACGUUUCUGAAAUGGCCGCGUGAUAGACUGGAGACUACGUGACGUCAAUGUUGGUCUUUCAGAACGGAAAAACGUUCUGCGCAAGCUUCUGCGCAUCCCUUAUCGCCUGCGUUUGUUUGUCUCGUUCUGUGAGAGACUGAAUGAAAUACACGAGGUGCGAACGUUUGCUCCUUGUAAAGGCGUUUUUUUUUGGUUUUUGUUGUUGUUGUUUUUUCGUCACUUGAAAAUUGCUUUGGAUUCAGAACAACCAAUGUUAGAGUAAAAACAGAUCAUUCCGUCAGUCUGAGGAGGAAUAAAACGUUCUGAACAUUUCAAAAGAGGUUUGUAUUUCUCUGAUAAUUGUGCAUUCGAUUUGUAGAUUGAUUUUGUGUCCAGUGCUCCGCCUUCUUUCGCCGGGCUGAAUUAAAACCCGCUUGUGUUAUUAGUAGUUACGGUUAGUUUUUUUACGUGCCCAGAUUCAUUUACCUUUGCAGAACCAGCUUUAUCCUUGUCUUAUGUCAAAGAACCGUAAUGCUAACGCUUGCGAGUGAACAAACUUGAGCGCUGAAAACUCCCUCGGAACUAUAGAAGGCUAGCAAGCUUAUUCGAGAAGACCAGACUACUUCGAUCACUUUUCUGUUGCUCAAGUAAUAAUAGUCAGAGUAUUUUUUUUGUUUUUCAUUUUUAAUUACGUAGUUUUGUUUUCUUUCUGUACGCAAAUUUUCCUUUUCACUCGCUGUGAAGUAGCUGAGAACGACAACUGCCGGCAGUGACUUCAAAACAAUUGAUUCUUUGCCCUUAAACAAUUGCUGGAGCUGGAUUUGACUGAAGCGAGCAAAACAAACCCUAAUGUGCAGUUUUCUGUACCUUCUAAUGAUUCAGUUUGCUGCGUUUAAUUUGCUUGAAUGAAGACUCUCGCAUGGACCAGUUUAUAAAAACAGCUAAAUGGUGAAUAAUGGCUUGGGUGCGAAGCUUGCAACUGAUCUUUUGCUUUUAAGAUCUUUAGGUAGUUUAUUUCGCACAGAAAAUUCACUUCUUCAUUGUCAGCAGGUAUAAGAGCCUUAAGCCUUAAGUUUUUUGAGUGGAAAUUUGUUGUUUUGCAACCUUAUUGAAGCUUUUUUUAGUUCACUUAAGCUGAAUUUUAUGCAUGACGGAAUUGUUCUUUGCUUGUCACCUCUCCUUGCGAGCUUAAAGUGACCUCAGUCGGUAAUUAAAUCAUAUACAUAACUGGAGAGAAGUUUUUGCAAUAACGUAACUUCAACUUUGUUUGAAGGAAAUCUUACUCUGUUUUUGAGAAGUGUUAUGCAUGUUCAACUUGACAACACAAAGCAAACUUUAUCUGCGCGAAACGAUCAAGUUUAAAAAACUGUAGUUGCUUUGAAACCGAUUUUGCGGAAGAUUUUAGUAGAUAAAGAUUAACUCUUUUUCUGCCCACAUAUCAACGCCAAAACUUCUACACUGAGGAUUUGUUUAUAUUUUAGUGUUCUGCGAAGCACAAGUGUCGAUCGAGCGUGGGUUUUAAAAUAUCAGCUCCAGUGCGACAAAGUUCAAUGACCUCAAACACAUUGUGGGCAAGCGUGAAUUUCUUUGGGCAAAUCACUAUGCAAAGAUAUUUGUUUUUGUGUCCACAGUGGAGCUCCGGACCUUAUAUAUCCAGAAACGUCUUUAUAUGAACACAUUUUGUGAAUACAUCUUGAAAAAAAUUGGACCUACGUACGCACAUUUCCAGUACAGCGCAAGGAAAUUAAUGCCGUCGUUAAAGUCCGUUUUAUUCUUCGAGAAAAUUAAAUAAUAAGGUUAUAACCACAGCUUGCAACUUUUGAAGACAAAUUGCUUGUUCUUUCUAGGUUUAUGGCCGCAAAAACCACCACAAUUUCUGCUCCAAGUCGACUUCGAAAAACACGGUUUUGAAUUUCCCGCUUUUUUUCACCUGACCAACAUUGACGUCACAAGCUGUUUUUACCAACAAUUUUUCCGACCACUCUACGAAGAUAAGGGCCAAAAAAUAACAAUUUUUAAUUGCGAAUAUCUCGGAGAUGCUUGCUUCAAUUGAGCUGAAACUUCAUAGUGUGUUUAUUCGGUUCAUAUGAAACAUAUUUCACUAGAACUGAGCUAAAAUAAAAAAAUGUCGAAUUUUUGGUUCAUUUGACCUUUAACAGUCCGGAAUAUCCCUAAAUUUAAGGACAGGGCCAACUGGUCACGUGCCACUUUUUAACCAAUGAGAUGGCGCGCUUGUGUUUAUCAACAAACAAAUCAAAACAUCGCCCCAGUGAUAAAAAAUUUUCAAAACAACGGACGGAGUCGGACAGAAUUAAAGAUGAGCUUACAGUACUGGUCUAGGUUGCACAUUUAAUAUUUCAAAGAAAACAUGUCAUGUUAGAGAAUAUAGAGCAUUAAUCAUUGCAAGGAAUCAUUGGGGUGUUCGAACUGGGGCUUCACUGGCAUGGCAUGCAAGAUUUUUGAUAGAAGCAAACUCGUCCCGUGUAAAUAAAAAAUAGCCUUAGAGAGAGUGUGGAAAUUUGUUGAGAUCGUACAAAACAGCAUUGGUACUACCUAUUAACUUCUACAGGACAAGAAUCAAAGAACCAGUCAUCAUAACCAGAAUAGAAAGUAGUUGAAAUUUAUUAAUUUUUCUUGUUUGUUUUUUUGUGUUGUUUCGUGUUAACUUCACGCAUCUGGUGCUUUCUUUGCUUGCUGUAGUACCUGCAAUGUUUUAAUUUUAUCCCAGAUAAUCAGUGCAUGUUCAAUGAGCAGCGAAAUACAGCAUUUACAAUUGAGAUUUGCCUUGUUUCUUUGAUUGUUUUUUAACGGCGGAUGAACAUUUGGAGAAUCCAACAACAUUAAAUCUUUCCAGAUUAGUGAAUUUCAGAAACAAAGCGGUUAGUAUCUACCUUGCGCUUGUGAUCUUGAAUUUCAUCCCCGCAAAUUCGGCAAAGUGUGGCGAGAUGUUGGACGUGAAUAUCCAUAAGAAUAAUAAAGUUUUUUUUGGCCUUGAAAAGAAAAAAGGCAAAGGCUCGUACUUAUGCGAAAAAAAGUAAUAACACGGCUUUUGUGAGAAACCCGGGAGUGGAAAACCUACGUGUUUUGGACCUCGGAAUUCAAAAAUUGUCUACCAAAAUUCUAGGUUGUCUGCCACCCCCACAUUCAACAUGAUAAAAGUUAAUCGAUAUGACAAUCGAGGAAAAAUAUCUAGAACUUCGUAAAAAAAUCUGUGAAUCGAAAAAAUAAUAGAUACAAGUUGUUCAUCUACCUUGAAAGCCGACCAAAAUCUCUCCUAUACAUCGCGUUGUUUAAAAGAUAAAAGAAGAAUAAGCCACAAAAUGUGCUGAAUAUUUCACGAGACACUUCCAAUAUGGCUUCCGAUACGCUGUCCACUUAAAAAAAUUGUGUAUGCCUCAUGAAAAGUCUUAAAAAUAUACCUGAGAACCUCGAAACGAUGACUGAUUCUGUCCGACUCCGUCCGUUGUUUUGAAAAUUUUUGAUCACUGGGGCGAUGUUUUGAUUUGUUUGUUGAUAAACACAAGCGCGCCUUCUCAUUGGUUGAAAAGUGUCGCGUGACCAGUUGGCCCUGUCCUUAAAUUUAGGGAUAUUCCGGACUGUUUAAGCUUGUUUUAUCAUGUUUACUGUUGUUUCACUUGUUUUUAAGAAAAGAUAACAAUCCAACUAAUCUAAAACAUUUGUUCAUAAAUAUCUGUGUUUCAGAAUGCCUCCACUACCAAAAUUUGACCAACGGUAACCGGAAAGUGUCCUACGGUCCAUCUCCAGUGCUUUGUGAUAAUUUACUCCCACAUGGAUGGUAUCGUUUCCAAGGUAACGCAGGGACAAAAAUGCCUACGUCAUGCGUUGCUCCUCAGAAAUGUGGUACCCAUGCCACUGGCUGGCUUAACGGUGCUCAUCCGUCAGUAGAAGAAGGCAAAGUCACCAAAAAGGUCUGCUUCAGCUGGCGCCGAAACUGCUGCCAGUGGUCGAUCAAUAUUGAAGUACUUAACUGCGGAGAUUUCUUCCUGUAUCACUUCAAAGGAACGCCCCUGGGACAUCCAUGUAAUCUUCGUUAUUGUGGUACUGACUGA